CGCAAAGCAGCCUUGGAGGACCUGAGUUAAGCCACACGUGGUGUUCGUGAACAGACGGACAGAGCAUCCCCAAAAAUCGGCUUCUAACUUAGAGAUAUCGCUAGUUUUGAACUAAAUGGCAUGUUCAAAAGAGACGUUUAUUAAUCACGGGGUUAAGAUAUGUCCCAGUCCGCAAACGGAGGGACGUGGAUUGUUUACAACUCGAAGUUUCAAAGUUGGGGAAACAAUUAUAGAAGAACAGCCUCUAUUUUCAUGCCAGUUUUCAUGGAACUAUGCUUAUGGCUAUUCAGCAUGUGAUUUUUGCAUGAGACCUCUUGAAACAGCUGAAGAAAAUGUAAGGCGUUUAACUGGUAAUGCUGACAUUAUACUUCCACAUCCAGAGUGUGAUGAAACUGAUAAAUCCUCACAUAUCAUUUGUUCCCAGUGUGCAGUAACUUAUUGCAGUAUUGGGUGCAAGGAUCGUGCCUGGAAUCAAUACCACAAAACACUUUGCUGUAACAUGCUUGGUGGAAAUCCCAAUCAUCCAUUAGAAAAAUUAAAUGAAGCAUGGAAGAAAAUGCAUUAUCCACCAGAAACUUCCACAAUCAUGUUAUUGGCAAGAAUCCUUGCUACCUUCAUUCAGAGGAUAGAUAGGGAAGAGCUCAAAUGUCAGCUGAUGUCCCUCUGCCAUCAUACUGCUAAUGAGGAAGACACAAUUGCCCACAAGCUAUUGGGUUCAGAGUUUGAAAGCCAAUUAGAACUUUUGCGUGAUUUGUCCAUUAAAGCCCUUGGAAGACCAGAAACAGAUGAGUUUCUAACUCCUCAAGGCUUCCGCUCUUUGAUCGCACUGAUCGGACGAAAUGGUCAAGGCAUAGGCACCAGUGCGUUUAGUGUGUGGGUUCGUAAAGUUUCCGAAAAUGACAUCGAUCCCACUACAGAUUCCUUGAUAGACACCAUUUAUCAAGAAAUGGAAAAGGAAUCGGGAGAUUUUCUUAACAAUGAAGGGUCGGCACUGUUUGCCGUACAGAGCGCUUGUAAUCAUAGUUGCGAGCCCAACAGUAUUUCUUCUUUUCCAUUCUCUAACCAUACGGUAGCCCUAGUUGCAUCAAAAGACUUACAAGAAGAUGAAGAAAUAUUUAUCAGCUAUCUCGAUGAAUGUGUCCUUUCCAGGAGUAGACAUUCGAGAAGAAAAAUCCUAGAAGAGAACUAUUUGUUUCACUGUAAUUGUAGUCGAUGCCAACUUGAAGCUGACGAACCCGAUAUGACUAGCGACGAUGAAGAAAGUAUGGAAGAUGAUUAGGAUACAAUGCUAGUUGUUGUAUGCAAAUCACUUUUCAAUACACUCAAUUGCUAUUCAG